UAGAGAGAAAAUAUCGCAAAAGAAACUCAGGCAGCCGCACGGAAUGGACAUGAUGAUGGAAACGGCCAAGACAGAGGAGUUGGUACAGAGUAAGAUGCGCCGGGAGAUUACGAGUCUCGAUGAUGAUGAGCUUUGGGCAGAAUUUGAACCGGAGGGAAUUGAUAGGGUCCUGAGUGGUGAAAUCAAACCUAAGACCUUGAUCACUAAUUAUGGUGUCCUACGAUAUCGUCGAUUUCCUCAGAGGGGAGCUUUGAUUGCAAAGGAGAUGCUCUCAGUGUUCCCGAACUCUACAUACAUUAAGUGGAAGUGGGGGUUUAGCAACUCACUAAAAGAGCUCAUAGGAAUAGCAAAAGAGAGGGCUUGUACAUCUCUCGUUCUCGCUCGGACAAACAGUGAUGGAUAUGAUGAAAUACGUAUCGUAAGCUUGUUGAAUGGUGCUGCCGCUGAGUUCAGUGUUCUUAAUCUCAUCCCACGGGAGGAUAUACCGGAUCAAGCAAGUCCCCCCAUACGUCUCUAUCCUGAGGUUAAUAUGGGAUUAUUUACAUCUCCGGCCAGUGUUGGCGCAGCCAGAUUGAUCCAAUCACUCUUCCCCAAGGUUACUGAUUCCGGUCCAAGGAAUGGUGCCUGUCGAAGGAACAUUGCAUUUUUCCAGAACCAAAAGGGUUGUAUCCAUUACCGACAUUAUUGGAACCACGCUGAGGAAGUCUCCCGUGUAGGAGACGGAACAAGGGUUAUGAAGGUUACCAAAAAGGAAUGUGGACCUCAAUUCGUACUCAUGCUAACCGCUUUAAGCAAGAUAGCAGUUGAAACGGGGAGUGAAAAACGAAUUUGCGUGCCGCCGUGGAUUACCCUACCCGUACCCCCGCGUAUUUUAGGCUCUUAGUCGUCCCAAGUUUUUCUGCACAAAACCGAAAAACAAACUCUGGUGGAGGUUUAUUUAUGUUUGCAAUAUUAGUAAGACUAAGAAUGUCAAUUAGGACUGUGACAUGUUAGGUCCUUGGAUAUUUGUAUCGUCCUUUUCCAACAAACUAAAAAAGAAAAUAAUCCUGAACUAUAUAUAUUAUCAACACUUUAACUCGUUUCCUAA